GUUAUCCACAUAAUAAUUCUUUAAUUUCUUUGUUUCUCUCUGGUGAAUUGUGAAAACUGCUUUUGUUGGACAAUAAAAGUGCUCAGAAGGUGAAUGCAUAGGGUGGAAAGUUCCAUUUUUAGAAUUUAACCGAGUUAGAUAUCACAUAUUUCAAUAUGCCAAUUACACGGGAUCAACAAAUGGAGAUUAGAACAAUGACAGAGGAGAUGGUGAGACGAAUUUGUCUUGAUGAUACAUUUAUGAAGAAAAUUGCUGAGAAGGUCUCUUCUAGUGUUCUGGAAAUAAUAGAAAAUAAACUCAGUCAGUUUGAAAAGAAACUUGAUGAAGUAAAAAACAGUGUUUAUUUAUUAGACCGUAAAUAUGAUGAAAGGAUAAUCGGCUUAACAAACCAGAUUGUCGAACUGCAGAAAAAGUUGGAAGAUAACGGGAGGGAAUCCCCAAACGUGACACAUAUUGUCUCCGAGGUGAAUGAAAUUAGGCGAAGGGAAAGCAACAUUCUGAUAUUCGGUAUUCCGGAAGAUAGUACGGAUGAGGCAGUUUAUGCCCUCGACGUUUGUAGAGAAAUUAUCCCUGAUUUGGACGCUGGAGAUAUAAAGGCUCAUCGGGUGGGACGUCGGCAGCCAGACAAGACACGUCCUGUGAAAAUACAUUUCAUGGAUAGUUCUCAUGUGUCCAUUAUGCUGAAGAAUAAGAAAAAACUGGCCUUCUCAGUUACUGAAACCUGGUUGAGAGAUGGUGUAUCGGAUUCGGAGCUUUUUCCAGGGAAUUAUUCAGUAUAUCGUAAGGACAGAGCAUAUGGUGUUCGAGGGGGUGGAGUUCUGCUUGCGGUUAAUGAUGACCUUUUUACAUCGGAGCUGUGUGAAUUGGAGUAUUCGGUGGAAUCGGUGGAUAUGGUGUAUGUGAAGAUUUCUGUUGCAUCAGGGCUUUUAUUUUAUGUAAUAUUACUGUAUAUUCCCCCAGAUUCAAAUAUAAAUGUAUAUAAUGACAUUUUUGAAAUUCUGGAGGAUUUGAAUAGUCCUGAGUCCGUUAUGAUUUUGGGAGAUUUCAAUAUUUCUGCUUUACAGGGUUAUUAUGAGACGAAUGAGUCAUCAAGUUUGCUUCUUAGGUAUCAAUCAUUUGUUAACUUCGCUAAUUUGGUCCAAAAUAAUUUUGUUACCAAUUGUAAUAAUAGAUUACUUGAUUUAGUUUUAACUUCUGAAUAUCUGAAAUGUGAUGUUUUGAAUGACCCUGAACCUUUGGUGCCUAUAGAUACACACCAUCCAUGUAUUACCGUGAGAUUGUCUUUGCAAUUUAGACAAAAAAACAUAGUUUUGCCUAGUAUCAAACAAUAUAAUUUUAGUAAAAUUGAUAACCAGAAAUUUGUUACACUUAUGAAUGGCACUGAUUGGAAUUUUUUGAAGAGUCUUUCAGAUUCUGAUGAUGAAGAUAUUAGACAUUUAUAUGAAUGGUGUACUGAGAACGAAUUGCCUCUAAAUAUCAGUAAAUGUAAAGUUAUGAGUUACUCAAGAAAGCUAACCACCGAAGAAUUCAAUUAUAAUAUUGGCAACCAUAUUUUGAAAAGGGUAAACGAGUGUAAGGAUUUAGGUGUUUUAUUCGACAGCAAGCUUACAUUCGACCUCCACAUAGACUCUCAUAUUAACGACCAGCAAUACAUGACUUGCAUUGGAGACUAUCAUGAAAAUCCGGAAUAA